AUGUCACCAAUCGCCACAUCAACUUUAGUCGAAGAGACACCUGUUGCUCCCCUGCCUACAAUUGACUAUGCCUCCCUGGAGGCAAAGGAUCUUGAGGAGACAAAGGCUCUCCUAGAUGCCAGCAAAACCCACGGAUUCUUCUACCUUAAUCUCAAGAACGUGGGAACAAUUUUGGAUGAUUGGCAGAAAGUUCUCCAAUUUAUGGAUGCAUACUUUAGCCAGGACAUUACUACCAAAAUGAAAGAUGAUCGCCAAAGCGAUACAUAUGGUUAUGAACCAUCUGGAACCUCUGCAGGAGGUGUACGUGGUCAAUCUGACUUUUAUGAAACUCUGAAGAUUGCGCGUUCGGAGAUGCUCGAGAAGUCGCCUUUCCUACCCCAGGGUGCCAAGGAUAAUCUCGAGUUAUUCGACCGCUUCAUCAGAGCCUCAGACACCAUAACCAAAACUAUUCUCGCACGGCUCUCGGACAUUCUCAACCUGACCCUUGGCUGCCGUUUUGAGGAUGUACACCGCGUUGGCGAGAGUUCACGUACCACACUCGUCCUCUUCCGAUACCCUCAACAAGAAGCUUCCGACUCGGGCGUUGGUCACAACAAGCAUACAGACAUCGGUACGCUGACCCUCCUCUUCAGCGAGCAAUGGGGGCUACAGGUGCUUUCACCCGAAACGCAGAAGUGGAAUUUCAUUCAGCCCAAAGCAGAUCACGCUGUCAUCAACGUUGGUGACUCACUCCGCUUUCUAUCAGGCCAUCAACUAAACUCCUGCGUCCAUCGGGUCUUGCCCAAUACGAAAUCUGGUCGCCAGGAAGAACACAGGUACAGUAUUGCGUACUUCUUGAGGCCCGAAGACGCAGCCGUAUACACGGACAGCAAGGGUCGGUCGAUCCGUGCGCGAGACUGGCACGAUGAGAAAUACAACGUGUUCCGUCAGGCGCAUGAUGAAUCUUUCAAAGACAGUAUUCUGACUGGUGGAAUGGAAAGAGAUGACCUAUUGGUUGAGACUUAG